UGUCCCUCAUACUAGAGUACUACCCUCGCUUUUCGGCUAUCACGCAUUUAAAACCCCCGGUUUUUAUUUUCAAUUUUGGGUUAAUACAUAUCAGUUUAAUUUUGAGGGAAUUUUCUAAAAAAAUCAUUAAUUUUCAAAGUAUUUUCGGUUUUUUGUUUCCUGUAUUUACUCGAUUAAUUACCUUGCCUCGAACUCUCGCUGGAGGGGGUACUUGAUUAUGUAAAUACAAAUAAAUUUUAGCGAAAUGGGAAUAAAAUUAAAAAUUUCAAAUUAAUGAAUGGCUAUAUAAUGGAGAAUAUAGAUCCAUUAGCCACAAAUGAUGAUCGAGAAUAUUUGAUGGAAUUUGCUAGAGGGAUUGCCGAAGUAGUUAUUGUAGGGGUUUAUAAAAGAAUAAAAAAAUCUUCUAUUAAUUUUAGGAAGAUAUUUUUGUUAAUACAGUAG